CCGUUCCUCCCACGUCUUUUUCUCUGACUGAAUGUCAUGAAUAUGACGUAGACAGUGAGCUCGUGGGCGGAAGUUUAAAAUGCAGAAGCAUGCCCUAAACUACAUCCUGUGUUUUGUAGGCAGCGUCUGUCACACAGUUCUCUACUAUGACUUAUUUGCUAACAGCGGCCGUCAUUUUAUUCUUUUUUCAGGGAUGCUGGUCUAGAGCUCAGUUCUCACCUAGUGUGGGUUGUACCAGUACGGAUUACGAGGUCAACGUCAGCUGUUUGAUUAUCAAUCUGGAUUAUGUCGAAUGCAACUGGACCAAACCACAGAUGCAGCACAUAAACUACACCUUCAGCAGUGCAUUUUCGUGGGAUUCAUUUUCUGAGUGUCCGGAGUACCUCCAGGAGCAGGGUCAGAGUGUGGGCUGCAAGAUCCCUCUUGACGCGACACAACGAUUUCAGCCUUUCCGAACAAAGCUCUAUGUUGGAGGAUAUCAAACAAUAUGUAAAAACUACACAGAUCUAAAACAAAGAGUGAAGCUCAACCCUCCAUCUAUCCUCUCUGUGAACUCGAGUGCUAGAGAAGGAGAGGUCUGUGUGCGCUGGAUAGGGAGUAAAAUCAAGAAGAAUUGUGUGAACUAUACAGUAGCCUAUCGGAAAGCCUCUGGCCCGUGGAAGAUCUCCAUUCCAGUGAUGUCCUCUUCAUACUGCGUGUCUCCUGUGGCCAGUGGAGUCCUGUAUACAUUCCAAGUAAGAAGCAGCAUGUCUGAUAUGUGUGGCGCUUCUGAUUUUUGGAGUGAUUGGAGUGAUCCAGUACAGUGGAGUAACAACAAAGAUGUAAUGACUGCAGAACAGCCUCAGGUGUACUGGCAUGUGUUGGGAUCUGUUCUAGGAGUCAUUGUCCUCAUAUGCCUUUCUUUAUUGUUGUACUAUAGUGAACGGAUUAGAGUUGUUUUCGUUCCUGUGGUACCUGACCCAAGCAAGAGCCUGCAGGAUUUAUUCAAGAAAUAUAAUGGCAAUGUUGAGAGCUGGGUUUAUAUCAACAGAGAGCUGAAGGAUGCUUUUGAGACGGAUUUCACAGAGUCUCCUCCGUGUGUCGUAUGUGAAGCAGGUCCCACUUUUGAGACUAAAACUGAGGAUGGUCCUGUGGAACAGCCUGUCUCUUAAUCCUACUGUAUUCUUUUAUUGCUGUUAAUGGGUCCAAGCCAACUGGAAGAUUUCCACUUCCUUUUACUUCAUUUGACUGAUGUUUUUAUUCAGAGACUUACAACCGAAACAGAAAGAUCACAUUUCAUGUUUUUACCACUGAACAUUAGUCCUUAUAAAUAAACCUGAUUGUGCUACUUUAAGAUGA